AUGAAUAUAACAAAAAAUAUUACUGAUUCUUAUCCAUUGUGGUAUUUUAUUAAUGAUUCAAUUAUGAUUAUUGGCAAUUUAGUUGGUAUACUUUGCGCAUGUAUUUUUAUAUUGACAAUCAUACGUCUCGAUCAUCCGUCGUAUUCAAUUUCAAAUUUAAUAGUCUGUAAUGCUUGUUUAGCUAUAGGACUAACUAGUACAAUAAUGUUAAUAAAUGCAUGUUAUGCAUUAAAAAGUGAUUUUGAAGGAAUUGGUUAUCCCGAUUCAUUUUGUAUCUUACGAGGAACACUUUUAAAUUUAUUUUACCUAUAUAUGUAUACCUCACUUUGUUUAAAGGCAUUUAACAGACUUCGAUGUAUUGUUUAUCAUACAAAUCGAUUUUUAACAUCUAAUCGAUGCUUUCUAGUAGUACUUCUAUUUCAAUGGUUACUAAUAAUAUUAUUGAUAUCAGUAAUAAUAUUUACAGAUGGAGUAAAUUAUGAUUCGGGAUCACAUUUAUGUCUGGUACCAAUAACUCAAACUUAUCAUUCGUUAUAUAUGAUGAUUAUCUACUAUAUUUCUAUGUUAUUUCUAUCAAGUGUCUAUAUACACAUUCUUUGUUAUGUUUUACAUUUACCAUUAAUAGAACGAUGUCGUCGAAAACGUCAAAUAGCACUGCUUAGACGAAUACUUGUUCUUCUUACGAUGCUUAUUAUUCCUGGUUUGUUGUCAUCAUUUUUACUUUUUCGUUGCAUGUUUUCCUAUUCAAUACCAACUUAUUCAUUAAAAAUAACUACAUUAUUUGAUACUAUUGGACAUACUGGUGCAAUCAUAACAAUAUUUAUAUCUCAUACAAAAAUACGUCGUGAAUGUUAUGGUAGAAAAAAAAUAGAAACAACGAAUGUACUAAAAAAAUUUCAAUUAGAAAAUUGUGAAUUAGUCUCACUGAAAGAUCAACCAAAUAAAAAAUAA